AAAUCUGUGAGGCUGAGCUCAAGUCUUUCAAUCUUGCGAUUCAGAAAUACAACCCUACUAUUACUAAUAACACGAAGGGGAAACUCAAAAAUAUCAAAAGAAGGAAUAUCAAAAAGAAGGCAAAAUUUCCUUUUGCUCGUCCCGAGCUCGAGAAAAUAGCCUCCCGUACCGACCGAGUCAACAACCUGUUAUCAAAUGCACUUCACAACCUUACUCUGUAAAUUAUUCCUUACUCCCCCCAGGGAUGCACAGGUUUUAAUUAAUACUAUGACAAGAUAUGUUCAGUCUACCGGGCGCGAAAAGCUGAUAGGAAUUGGCGACUCGACCAAUACAAUAGUAACCGAGUUGAAAGCCACUAACAUAAAGCUAGAUGCGAUUGACUCCAGAGGGAUUACUCUUGAAACGAGCCUUCAAAACAAUCAAACAGCCAUUGCUGACAUAUUGCGAUAUGUACGCGAGAUCCAAUCAUCCCAAAGCAGUCAAGAUUCUGCGGGAGAAAUAUUCUUCCAAAGGUUGAUGUCAAGACCUGACUACCUCAGGGGACUCCUUAACGCACAAUCCGACUCUCCCAGCCAGCCGAUGGAACAGGAACCACGAACUUCCCCCCGACUGCAUCGUUGGAGGCACACAAUCACUAGCUGCGACUGCCGCUACCGUCAGCAGCUAACUCGAGAAUUCGCUAGGUGGACCGUCUUCACACGCUUCGACGAAUCGAUUGAUGAUUUCCUGCAUGAGCGUGGUUGUCAUAGGUAUAGCGACGAUCCGGUAAACCAACAACACACGAUCGUAGUCGUAUGCACUGCCUUACGUCGCUUACUCAACAUUGCGGUUGGGGUUAGUCUCAUGUGGAAAACCGGCGCUGGUGGGGCAAGCAUUAGUUCAGGGAUCGGAUAUUACGCCGUGGUGGAUAAGAACCGCUCUCCGGCAUUCCGCAUCACUCAGAUAAUGGGGAAGGCCAAUUGGGCCUUUUCCUCACGUCAAGAUACCGACGCGUCAUAUUCAGAAGCACAAGCGAAUUGCCGCCAGAUUAUACGCGCUGGAACAAAGAAGAUACAACAAAUUUUCGCCAAUAAGGCUUCCUCUCCCACAGAUGUGUGUGACGAUGGUACAUCAUUAAUUGAAGGAUAUAUUCAAAACUCCAUAAGUCAAUUGGCACGAACCUUUAAACAAAUUAAUAAUCUCGUAUAAGUAUUACCACCAUGGUGCACUAGAUUUGGGUAGACGGACAGUCAUGAUCGACCAUGCCCUCCUAUCAACUUUACUUCAAGCUAAGUGGACGCGCUACGUCGGUGGCCCGACGAUGUGUUCGACCAGGUAAAGUGCAGUUCUCAAAUGAAACGUCCAAAACCGCUGACAUAGCAGAACUGCUUUGGCUCUAUGUAUAAGCUCUAUGGAUUCUCAGUUAAACAACACGCAUGACA